AUGGAGAACUUCGUGGUGGUGCUUGUAAUAGAUCCUACCAUUAACGAUGAUAUGAUAGAAAUGUAUGCCAAUGCAAAAUCAAGAGCUGAAGAUUCUUUUAUUGGCGUGUUCGAAGAAGAGUACAUAUUUAGAGAUUUGAUCAAGACAAAUGAUAAAUUGACUAGAAACGAAAUGAAACAAUACUUAAUAAAUUGGUUUAAAAAUGAUAAUAAUAUUGAAAGCGAUAAUAAUGAAUUUGAUUGGGAAGAAUCUGAUGAAGAAAUUAGCAACAAAGAGAAUUUUAACAAUGAAGAGGAAACUAACUUAAUUAAUAAAAUCGUGAAUAUUGGAUCUGGAAUUUCUCGACAUAAAAUAAUAUUUCUUCCAGAAGAAAAUGAUCUUGACCCGAUCAAGUCAACACUUAAAGAAAAUGACCUUGACCCGAUCAAGUCAACACUUAGUAGAGAAGAAUGGAUAGAAUUGGAAAUGGAUUGGUGCGAGGCAACAGUUAACUAUCAUGUUAAUUUGCCUCAAAUUGCUGUCAUUCUUAAUCAAAAUUCUCUAAUCGAUCCAACUACAUAUAGCUUUAGCAGAGAUUGGUCCCGUGAGUGGAUACAAUCGGUGUAUAAAGCAUUUUUAUUGUGCUUCCAACUUCCCGUUAAUCCACUUCAUGAUAGUAGCUAUCAGAAUAUGCGUAUCGUGACAGAAUCGUAA